CUCACUUCAUGUUAUAAGCAGUUAUAAGUGAAGCCAACCGGUGUCGCACAGUAUCGCAUGCAAUCGCAUGGUCGCAUGCUUUGCAAAUAAACGGAAGUACGAUAUUAUUUUAUAACAUUUCUAAUGGUUCUUGAGACGUUUGAAAGUAAGAAGAUGGAAGAUGAACCAGUUCAACCAGGAGUAACCCAAGCUGAUUUCAUUAAAGAAGAGCUAAAUUUCGAUGUGGAUCCAAAAGAUCCAUUGACUGAGGCAGCUUUAAAUGAUCAUCCAACUGACGAAUGGAUAGAUAUCUUAGGAAAUGGACAGUUAAAAAAGAAAGUUGUAAAACCGGGUAAAAAUGGAACACGACCAAACAGAUCUGACAUUUGUAUUUUAAAAAUUACUGGCAAACUAAAAGAUGGUACAGUAGUUGAAGAAUACGAAGAUCUUAAAAUUCAAUUAGGUGACGUUGAAGUGAUUCAGGGAUUGGACUUGGCAAUUGCACUUAUGGAUUUAGAUGAAGUUGCUGAAAUUGAAGUAGAUCCAAGAUUUGCUUAUGGUCAUUUAGGAAAACAACCAAACAUACCACCUGAUGCUGUCAUUUCGUAUAUGGUUGAAUUGAAAUCUAUCGAAUUAGAAGAAGAAAUAGAUAGUCUUAGCACUAAUCAACGAAAAGAAAUCGGCAACAACAAACGAGAACGCGGAAAUUGGUGGUUUACUCGUAAUGAACCAACACUAGCAAUUCAGUGUUACCGAAGAGCAUUACAGUUCUUAUUACCAAUGGAAAGUCGUACGUCUUAUCAAAAUGAAGUAGAAGACUCUACUACUGAUGCAGAAUUGCAAGCUUUAUUGGAGGAUCGUAUGAAAGUGUACAAUAAUUUAGCAGCUGCACAAAUGAAAACACAAGCUUAUGAUGCAGCUUUAAAAAGUGUAGAAAGUGUUUUGAGUUGUCAACCUCAAAAUGUAAAGGCAUUGUUCAGAAAAGGAAAACUUUUGCAUUAUAAAGGAGAGCAUGCAUUGGCAUAUCAAACAUUACUUCAGGCAGCAAAAUUAGAACCAGAAACAAAAGCGAUUCAAGUAGAACUAGCCAUUUUAAAAGAAAAGAAUGCUAAAGAUGCUCAACAUGAGAAAAAUCUCUAUCGUAAAAUGUUUGGUACAUCUAAAAUUAACAAUUCGGUUUCAAAAAAUAUGAAAAAAGAAAAUAAAAGUGGAAGUGUAUCAAAGCUUACAUGGAGUUUAAUUGGAGGAGCAACUGCAGCAGUAGUGGGUGUACUUCUAUAUAGAGUUGUUUCGUGAAGGAAAACAGACUAAACCUAAAAGGUAGAGGCAUUUUGGAGAUUUUAAAAUUAACUUCGUUAUUUUAUAAGAAAUACGGCAUACCAUUUAAAAUAACAAAGUAGACCUUGAAAUUUCAAAAACAUCUGUACUUAUAAAAAGAAUUGAUAUAAACUUUUUUAUACAAAUGUAUAUUAUGUAUACUAUAGGAGUUAACCAAGAUAUGCAGUUGCAUAAACUACCUUGUAUAGUAAUGAUUAGAUUAUCAAUGUUUAUGCACAUUUCAUCAUAUAUAAAUAUGCAGAACUUGAAAUAAAUGCAGAAUAUACGUAUUUAUGUGCAAAAUUAACAAAACAGUACAUAAAAUAUACGUUAAUAUUUUUAAAAAAUGUAUAAAAUGUAUGAUAAUCUAAUGCUAAAACCACACAAGAUAUAUGUAUGUAGAUGCUAGAAAAUACUAGAUGAACGAUAGAAAACAUAUGUAAAAUGUAUGCAAUCAUGUAUGUGCAAAGAGUAUGUGAAUACUUUUUAGUUUUAUGUAUAUAAAGAAAAUAUUUUAGUCUGAGAUAAAAGACAAUCAGGUUGUUUAUAUUAUUAAAUAGGAUAGAAUGAUGUAGCUAAUAAAUGUUAAUUGAAUUUAAACAUAAUAUAAAUGUGAUCUGAUAUCAAGGUAGUAUGGAAUUGGACAGAUUGUGUUAUUAAAUACAAAAUAAUGGUACAACGUAAUUAAGCUUUAUUAUUAUGCAAUUUUUAUUUCUCAAUAAUCUGCAUUUACUGAAUACGAAUACGGUCAUCUGUGUUCUAACCAAGAGAA